AUGCCAUCUGAACAGAAGCAUUUAUUUUUUGAUGAAAAACAAAAUACUUUAAAAAAAGAUUAUGAUGUGAAAAAUGAGGUAGUUGAUACUCUCAGAUCAAAAAUUUCAGAACCAAAAUUUCAGAACCAACUUAAACCAGACAUUUCAGAAAGUAGUUUUCAUUAUGGACUAAAAAAUGUGAAAAUUGUUUUGCCGAAGAUAAAUAUUCCAAAUGAAGUCCUAUUGAAACAUGAAGUUGACAGAUACAGAAAAUUAUUUCAGCAUAAGCCACAGACUGCAAGAAAAUCUAUCAAUGUAAAGACUGUAAGCUCCAUAGAAGAGUGUAUGUUGCUUAAUCAGUCUGAGAGAGUUGACGAAGGUAUAAAAAUGUCUGCAAAAAUACUCAAUUUCAAUUGUUUAAAGUGCCGAGAUAGCACUCGGUAUAGCCCAAAUGAUUUGCAGAAACACUUUCAAAUGUGGCACCAUGGUGAAUUACCUUCCUAUCCUUGUGAGAUGUGCAGUUUUUCAGCAAAUGACUUCCAGGUAUUUAAACAACACAGACGAACUCAUAGAAUCACUUUAGUAAAAUGUGACAUUUGUAACAAUGAGAAUUUGUAUACUUUAUUAGACUUAACAAAGCAUUUUUCAUCCACACAUUGUGUAAAUGGUACUUUUCAGUGUGAAAAGUGUGAAUUCUCCACCCAGGAUGUUGGCACAUUUGUUCAGCAUAUCCAUAGACACAACGAAAUCCUUUAUAAAUGUGGUAAAUGCCAUUACAUAUGUUUAACCAAAGGAGAGCUUCAGAAGCACCUUUAUAUUCAUUCUGGUACAUUUCCCUUCACUUGUCAAUAUUGUAGCUAUGGUGCUACCAGGAGAGAGCACCUUGUAAGACAUGUUAUAACUUUGCACAAAGAACAUUUAUAUGCGAAAGAAAAACUGGAAAAGGACAAAUAUGAAAAAAGGAUGGCGAAGUCUUCGGCAGGACUUAAACUAAUACUGAAAAGAUACAAAAUAGGUGCAUCAAGGAAGACAUUCUGGAAACGUAAGAAAAUCAACAAUGCAAGUGACAAAAGUAUAGAAAAAAAUACUCAAGUGCUUAAAAAAGUGAACAGAACACAGGCUGCAUCUGAAGACCCAAGCCAUCUUGUUCAGGAACAUUUAAAUGAAGAAAAGCUUGAAAGACUAUACUGUGAGAAUAAUGAUAAACCUGCUGAGUCAGAGUCGGAAAAACCAACUCUUCUGUCUACUGGACAAUGUAACGGAGCUCAAGAGGGAUCAAAUUCUACUUCAGGUUUCUUAAACACUGCUGUACAAGGACCUACAGUGUUAAUGGUAAAAAACAACAGAAUAACAAUUCCUGCUAACUACAGUGCUAAGUUUAUGGGCUUCAAGAUGGUGGAUGGAAAACAGCAUAUUGUAAUAAAACUGUUGCCUACCAAUAAACAGAAUUUAUAUUUACCAGGCUCACAGUCAGGUGCUGCAAGGGACAGUACUGCAGUUUUGCAGCCCCAGACUUUGGACACCACUGCAUUUUUAACAGGAGUGCCAGCUGAGUUAAAUGACACAGUUUACAUGAAAGCAGCUCCUCCAUUUUCAUCUUCAUCACCUGUACUUUCAGGGAAAGUAAUUUCAGAAAAAGAAACGGCUUUGCUAUCUCAGACAAGUAAUGUUAUUUCUGCAGUGGAUGAUGAAAAAGGUGUAUCUCCUUCGCCAGUAGAGUCAGACUUGAUUACAGCAUCAGUGAAUUUGACCACAAAAGUAGAAACAAGAGAUAAUGUUGACUUAUGGGGCAGUCAUAUUACUCAGUGUCACCCUGAGGUGUUAGCUACUAGAGUUAAAAGUCCAGAUAAAGUCAGCUGUACUGCCAAACCAAAUUCAUACAACAGUGGAGAUAUGCAUAAUUAUUGCAUUAAUUAUGUGAACUCUGAGUUACCUAUUGAACCUUCCAAUCAAGGAUCAUUACCUUUUCAUAAUUACUCAAAAGUGAAUAAUUCUAAUAAACGUCGUAGGUUUUCAGGAACAACAAUGUGUGAAAACCCUCAAAGAGAAUCUUCAUCCAGCAAGACAGUUUUAAAUGAGUCAGUCUUAUCACUAGUGAGGAAGGAGAGCUCAAACCCAGAUAGCCUGUUAGCAUCUGUUAGUCUUUUAAAUAGUAAAGAUGGAACUUUAAAAACACAAGCUGAAAUCGAAGAACAGUGUGUUUUAGAAAAAGGACAGAACAUUGAUGGACAAAACCUAUACACUAAUGAAAAUCAAAGUUUAGAGAGCAUGACUGAAAAGCCUAAAUGGGAUGGCAUUUCUAAUGUUGAGUCACCUAUGAUGCCUAGGAUCACAUCUGUCUUCUCACUCCAGAGCCAGCAGGCAUCAGAACUUUUGCCACCUGAACUAAACCAGUUACUUCUAGAUGUAUUAAAAGCAAAACCUGAUGUAAAACAAGACUCUAGUAACAGUCCAGAUAAAGAUGUUCCACUUCAAUGUGCCCAGUCUUUUCAGGAACAUGGGGGAGAAAACAAAAUAGUUGAAUCUUCAAAAGACUUGAAAGCACAAGGCCUUUUUCCAAUUCCGUCUGGUAGUAUGGGGACUAAUAUGCCUACAAAUGAUCUGAAUUUAAACUGUAGCGGAAAAGAAAAGCAAAUGCUGUCACAGGAUGUGAGAGAUUCAGAGAAGACCCCUAGAAGUUCUGGUUUUGGCACAUUGCCUAAGACUCAGUCAGAUGCAAUAAUUACACAGCAGCUCGUAAAAGACAAACUACGAGCCACAACACAUUCUUUAUAUGUGCAGAAUCCACUAAAUUCAGAACCAAAAACGGCUAUAGUUGUUCAGACUCCAAAAGGCUUUUUUGUACCCUUGCACUUCACUAACAAGCCUGGAUUACAUGUUUCAAGAAGACCGCUUCCAUUGGUUAAUACACAAAGUAUCCCUGCCCCUCUCCUUUUAAACAAGAAACCGGGGAUGAUUUUAACAUUUAAUAAUGGGAAACUUGAAGGUGUUUCUGCUGUCAAAACUGAGAGUGCUCAAGCUUGUGGAACUACAACUAAGGCACCUUGCAGAGCACCUUUUUUAAAAGUAGAACAAAACAGUAAUUGUCUGACCCCUGCACUUUGUUCCAGCAUUGGCAGCUGUUUGAGCAUGAAAAGUAGCUCAGAAAAUACUUUGUCAUUAAAAGGCCCUUGCAUUAUUAAAACGCCAGCAAAUUCUUCAGUGAAAGCUAUUCCUACUCAUAAUAUAAUACCUGAGCAUCAGGGCACCAAGUUGAAUAUCUCUGAUUCAGUAAAACCACAGAACAAGAUUUUUCCAAAACCACCUCUUUAUACCUUUUUACCUGAUGGCAAACAAGCUGUUUUUUUAAAGUGUGUGAUGCCAAAUAAGACUGAGCUGCUUAAACCUAAAUUAGUCCAAAAUAGUACUUGCUAUAAAAAUAUACAGCCAAAGAAACCUGAAGGAACACCACAAAAAAUAUUGCUGAAAAUUUUUAACCCUGUUUUAAAUGUGACUGCUGCUAGUAAUCUGUCAGUAAGCAACACUGCAUCCUCACUGCAGAAAGACAGUGUACCAUCUAACCAGACUACAGGACAGCAGAAAGAGCCAGAAUCUUCUAGAGAUGCCUUACCCUUCUUAAUAGAUGAUAUGAUGCCAGCAAAUGAAAUUGUGAUAACUUCUACUGCAACAUGCCCAGAAUCUUCUGAGGAGCCAAAAUGUAUCACCGACCAUUCAGAGGCCAGGGUAUUAAGGUGUAAAACAAAUUGUACAAUUGAGAGAAACUUCAAUAAGAAAAAGACUUCGAAAAGAAAAAUUUCAAGAAUAAAAAGUCAUGUAAGAAGUCAAGAUUCUGAAACUGCUUUUGUAUCUAGAAACAGAAACUGUAAACGCAAGUGUAGAGAUAGUUACCAAGAACCUCCAAGAAAAAAAGCAUUACACAGAAAGUGUAAAGAAAAGGCGAAGGCUGAAAGUAUCCCUGAAUCAUUUGAAUUCAACCGACCUAGGCUUUCAAAAGAUACAGUCAGAACUCUGCGGCUUUUCCCCUUUAGUUCCAAACAGCUUGUGAAAUGUCCUAGGAGAAACCAACCAGUUGUAGUUUUGAAUCAUCCUGAUGCAGAUUCCCCAGAAGUAGUAAAUGUAAUGAAAACUAUUGCUAAAUUUAAUGGACGUGUUCUUAAGGUUUCAUUGUCGAAAAGAACUAUCGAUGCUUUACUGAAACCAGUUUGUUGUAACCCUUCUUUAACAACUUACAAUGAUUUUCCUAAGAGGCACAAAACAUUUAAACCUGUUAGUUCUGUGAAGGAAAGAUUUGUGCUAAAGUUAACUCUCAAAAAGACAAGCAAAAACAAUUAUCAGAUUGUGAAAACUACCUCUGAAAAUAUUCUGAAGGCUAAAUUUAACUGUUGGUUUUGUGGUAGAGUAUUUGACAAUCAGGAUGCUUGGGCUGGUCAUGGACAGAGGCAUUUAAUGGAAGCUACUCGUGAUUGGAACAUGUUAGAAUAA